CUUCUCACCAACUCCACAGCUAGCUUCUAUCUGCUUCUUCUCUUCCUCUCAAAUUACAUCACUUUCUUUAACCACACCAAAAUUCAAUCCACCUCUCACCUUCUCCAUCCCUUCCUCUAAUUCCCUCCACCUAUGGCGGCCGCCGAUCCCUCACCGGAAUUCAUUUUUCGCUCAAAGCUCCCGGAUAUCACCAUACCCGACCACCUUCCCUUGCACACAUACUGCUUUGAAAACCUCUCCCAAUUCAAACACCGUCCAUGUCUAAUCAAUGGCGCUACCGGCGACACGUACACCUACGAAGAAGUCCACGUAACAGCCCGCCGUGUCGCUGCUGGCCUCCAUAAGCUCGGCAUCGGAAAAGGUGACGUCAUUAUGCUUCUCCUACAAAACAGUCCACAGUUCGUUUUAGCCUUCCUUGGCGCUUCUUAUAUUGGAGCCGUGGCAACCAUGGCGAACCCGUUCUUCACGCCGCCGGAGAUCGCGAAACAUGUCGCCUCCUCUGGCCCGAAGCUGAUUAUAACCCAAGCUGCCAUCGCCGAGAAAGUGAAAAGCUUGGUAGACAAAAACGGCGCGAGUAUCAAGCUGAUAUUCAUCGACCCUCCACCGGAUGGAGAGGUUCAUUUUUCGGUGUUGACUGAUUAUGUAAAGGAAGAGGAAAUGCCAGAUGUGAAAAUCAGUCCGAACGACGUCGUUGCAUUGCCUUAUUCUUCGGGGACUACAGGUCUUCCAAAAGGAGUUAUGCUGACUCAUCGAGGGCUGGUGACCAGCGUGGCACAACAAGUGGACGGUGAGAAUCCGCACCUCUAUAUCCGAAGUGAUGACGUGGUUUUAUGCGUGCUUCCGUUGUUUCAUAUCUAUUCAUUGAACUCGAUCAUGAUGUGCUCGUUGCGAGUGGGAGCGGCGAUUUUGAUCGUACAGAAAUUCGACAUUAAUUACGUGGUGGAAUUGGUGGGGAAAUAUAAGGUGACAAUUGCGCCGUUGGUGCCGCCUAUUGUGUUAGCAAUAGCGAAGAGUCCAGCGGUGGGGGGUUGGGAGAUGUCGUCGAUACGGCUGGUGCUGUCGGGAGCGGCGCCGUUGGGGAAGGAGCUUGAAGAUGCGUUUAGGGCUAAGCUUCCAGAUGCGAUUCUGGGGCAGGGAUAUGGCAUGACGGAGGCGGGGUCGGCACUGACGUUGUCGUUGGCGUUUGCAAAGGAGAGGUUCCCGAUAAAAUCGGGAGCCUGUGGGACGUUGAUGAGAAAUUCCGAUAUGAAAAUUGUAAACCCUCAAACUGGAGCUUCUCUUCCUAGGAAUCAAGCUGGAGAGAUUUGGAUUAGAAGCCCUCACGUGAUGAAAGGAUACCUCAACAACGAGGAGGCGACGAAGGCCAUAAUAGACGAACACGGAUGGCUGCACACCGGCGACAUAGGUUUCGUGGACGAAGACGACGAGGUCUUCAUUGUCGAUCGUCUCAAGGAACUGAUCAAAUACAAAGGCUUCCAAGUGGCGCCGGCUGAGUUGGAAGCCUUGCUGAUUUCCCACACUCACAUAGCCGACGCUGCGGUUAUCCCCAUGAAAAAUGAAGUUGCUGGAGAGGUACCGGUUGCGUUCAUUGUCCGAUCCGGUGGUUCCAACAUCACGGAGGAUGAAAUUAAGCAAUACAUUUCGAAACAGUGGAAAUGGUGCAUUCUGUGUUUACAACAUUUGGUAGCAGAGCUAAUUACGGCACGUCAUAUCAGAAUAUAGUCCUGUUUUGCGCUUUUUUGAGCAAUCCGCAUUUGCAUCUUCAAACAAGUUGAUGAUCUCGAUCAUUUAUCUUGUUCUUUCCACGUCACACCCACUUACCCACCUCUUCCAUCAUUUGUUUGAUAGAAACCCAAGUACCAAAAUUUCAAGGACAACCUUAUCCUUCCCAAUGUGUGGACGAGAAAGUGUAAUAUUUUCCCUUUUAGGUGCUUUCCAGGAGAUGCAGAAACAGUAGUCUCUGUUCCCAUUGUAAUAAUACUGUAUGGCAUAAAUGGCUUUGGUACCUCGUUUACCAUGGGGCCGCCCUUCCC